AUGAAGAGCAUUACAAAACUCUUGUUAGCAGCCCUGCCAUGGCUGCUCUUCUUGUUCACUCUAAAAGGGUUUUGUGACCAGAGAGUUCAUUGCCAGUGGGGACCUUAUGGUGACUGGUCAGAGUGUGAUGGCUGCACCAAAUUACAGACAAGAAGCCGAGCUAUGGCUGUCUACGCUCAGUUUGGAGGGAACCGCUGCGACGGGGAACGGACUGAGACCAGGUCCUGUGAAACCACACAAGGCUGCCCUCUAGAGGAUGGAUGUGGAGACAGGUUUCGCUGUCGAUCAGGGAAGUGUAUUAGCCAGUCUCUGGUGUGUAACGGAGAUCAGGACUGUGAGGAAGACGGACUUGAUGAACAUGGCUGUGACAUUGAAAAACACAUUGUAUGUCAAAAGUCAGUUCCCCCGCCUAACAUUGAACUCCUAGGACUCGGGUUUGAUGUGGUGUUGGGGAGGAGGAGGGCCCCUGUCAUCAACACAAAGAGCUUUGGGGGACAGUGUCGCGUCAUCCACAGCGGAGUCCACAGAGCUCUCUACAGGCUGCCCCUUAGUACUAUCCAGUACAGCUUUAUGGUUAAAGCUCAGAAUGACUUCAGUGAUGAGAUGUAUACCAGUAAAUGGCACUAUGCGAAGGACGUUGUCAACAGAGAGACAGUGACUGGGACCACAACAGGAUAUAAAAAUUAUGACUUUCAUGAGACACAUGACAGGACCCAGACCCAAAAGCUCCUAGUUCUAAAGAGUGACAUUGAGGUAGCUCAGUUCCAGAGCAACUCUCAUCAGUACCUCCCACUAUCUGAGGAGUUCUGGAAAGCGCUUGCUAAACUCCCAUCAGUCUACGACUACGCUGCCUACAGGAAGGUUUUGCAGACGUUUGGAACACACUACCUGUCUGAAGGAAGCCUUGGAGGCUCCUUCAAGAUCAUCGCCAAGAUUGAUGAAAAAACUGAAAAACGGAUGGUCAGCAGAAGCCAUCAUUCUAAUGAAUGUGCAAGGACUAAACGUUGGGUUUUAAUAUUCCCCAUCACCCACGAGGACUGCAGUAGUGAACAUAGUGAUCACACAACACGCAGUGGUACUUCCAGGAGCAAUAAUGUGCAAAAAGUAGAUGUGAAGGGAGGAGGCAUCGAACAUAUCGCAGUACUGCAGGCCAUGGAGCUCACUGAUCCGAAUAGGAACUGGGAAAUGUUCUCAAACUGGGCAGAGUCUGUUCGUUAUUUUCCAGAUGUCACAAAACAAACACUGCGGCCGCUGUCAGAGCUGGUAAAGGAGGUUCAGUGUGCUGGGGUGAAGAGACUCUACCUUCGCAGGGCCAUAGAGCAGUACCUUACUGAGAGCGACACCUGCCACUGCCGGCCCUGCAGGAACAAUGGCAUGGUUGUCAUGGAUGGAGAUGAAUGCAAAUGCAUCUGUAAGACGGGCACAUCAGGACCCGCCUGUGAACAGGGAAGUGAAGUAGAGGGUCAGCAGGGAGUGAUACACGGCAGUUGGGCCUGCUGGUCAGCCUGGUCAUCGUGCUCUCAGGGUCGAAGAUCAAGAAGUCGUACCUGCUCUAAUCCCACUCCUCGGAGCGGGGGGCAACAAUGUCACGGAGAACCCGUUGAGGCGUCUGAGUGUGAAGACCAAGACCUGCAAUACUUGAAAUCCAUGGAGCCUCAGUGCUUUGACCAAACUCUCCAACCAAGUCAGACAUGUGUAAACCCACCGGGUCUAAUCAACGGCUACAUCCUGGUCCCUAAGGACAUUUACAUUGUGGGUAGUAUGGUUGCGUACACCUGCACUGGCAGUUAUUAUCUUGUUGGUGACAGCGUCAUAGAAUGCUCCGCUGAUCAAACCUGGUCUACCAGCCCUGGACUGUGCACAGUCUCAAGGUGCAACAUUCUGUCCCUCUCUGAUGACGUCACUGCCACUCCUUUACAGCAGUACUAUGGCAUAGGGGAGACAGUCACCUUGUCCUGUCCAGCAGGUAGACAGCUACUAGGAGAACCAACGAUUAUAUGUGACCCCAGUCUGCAUUUUUCACCAGACCCGGCAGACAUCAAAUGCAGCCCAGAGAGCACCCCACAGCAACCCAGAUUUCCUUUAGUGCAAUGUAAACCGUGGCAGAAGUCUACCAGAGGAAUAUGUGUUUGUAAACUGCCUUUUGAGUGCAGUUCAUCUUUGGAGGUGUGCGCCCGUCAUCCUGUGAAUGGAAAAUCAGUUGUUCUGAAUGUCUGCAAAAUGCAUGCUCUGCAGUGUAUGGGGAAAAACUAUAUGAUAGCAGAGGACAGCACAUGCAAGUGGCCGGAGCACAACACAACAGGCUGCACCAACUGUCAAAUGUGGGAGACCUGUGACGAUCAAACCAACGAGUGUCGCUGUAAGGACUCUGCAGUUUGCUUGAACCUGGGAUUAAAUGUGUGUGUUAAAGUUGGGGAGGAUGAAACCUCAGUGUUUCAGACUAUGAGCGAGUGUGAAGCAGGAGUACACCGAUGUAAGGGAGAAAAGGUUUCAGUUGUCAGUAUCCUGCCUUGUACUGCCUGAAAAUGCCGGUUUGACCGCAUGACUUUAAAUCUCCACUGUCCCUUACACAUUUAUCCCAAAAGAACAAUCACAUUUUUCUAGUGAAUAAGUAUUUUAUCACAUAAUUGAUAAAGAACACUGUUAUGCAUGUAUAAAACUAUAAUGUAAAACUGUAUCCAAACAAUGA